AUGUUCCGUAAAUUCUCCAACUAUUUAUCAAAAAAGCCUUCUGAGGCUUACAAGGAACUCGCGACACUGGGGAAAAUAGUAUCUGAUGAAAACCAAAUAAGGGCCUUACCUGUUUUUGAUCGACUAUAUGAGGAUUUAGUUGAAUAUAAAAAUAGAGAGAAAACUACUCCUACGCUUAAAAGGAAAACGGAAUUACGCCCACCGAACCGUUUAGGUAUUAUACCGUCAUUUUUUCUUUACCAGGAACAGAAAAAAAAAGUUCUUCGUGCUCUUGCUUCGAUUACGAAUGGUAAAAAAGAUUCUGUUGACAGCUAUCAUCCUUUGUCUAACGUGAAAGGAUUGUAUGUAUGGGGUAGUGUGGGAUGUGGAAAAACGAUGCUUAUGGAUCUCCUUUAUGAUAAUUUGCCCAUGGAUAUUAAGAAAAAGCGCAUUCAUUUCCACCAAUUCAUGCUUGAUGUUCAAAAAACGUCUCAUAGCAUUCGCUAUAAGACCAAGGAGGACAUGCAAAACAUUAACAACCGCUCAAAUAUGUUUAACUACAACACUGAUGAUGGUCUAAAAAGAACACCAGGGGCUGAGAUCAAUAUAUUUGAUGAGCUAGCACAGCGUCUAAUCAGCGAUGUGGAGCUUCUCUGUUUUGACGAAGUAGCAGUUUCUGAUGUCGCACAUGCAAUGAUUUUAAAGAGACUGUUUAAUUCCUUUUAUAAGAUAGGCUUGGUUGUUAUCUUCACUUCCAACAGGCCCCCAGACGACCUCUACCUAGGUGGUCUGAAUCGAGGAUGUUUUUUACCAUUCAUUGAUCUUGUAAAACUACAAACACAUGUCUAUCACAUGGCAAGUGGCACUGAUCAUCGUUUGCUAGGUCAUGAGGGUGACACAUAUUUAACUCCAUUUAACAAAGAAAAUGACAAAAAAUUCGCUCAAUUGUUUAUUGCUUUGUGCAAGGGAAUGCCUUCGUCGGAGCGCAUUUUAAAAGUUUUUGGCAGAGAUGUAGUUGUGCCACGCGCAUGCGGUGGCGUAUGCUGGUUCGAUUUCAGCGAAAUUUGUGGGUCAGAUGUUUCAUCUGCUGAUUAUGAAUUAAUAGCUGCAACUUUUCAUACAAUCUUUAUUCGUGGUGUCCCCGUCUUUUCCUACAAGGACAGUGAUGUGAAGAAUCGGUUCCUUUUGUUAAUUGAUGCGUUGUAUGAAUAUCGCUGUAAAGUGGUUAUUUAUGCACAGGCGGAGGUUUUUAAGCUUCAGGCUAGUGAGGCUGAUUCUGUGGAGAUGAUUGCUGAUGGCGAGCGAAGAUUCGAUCAGCUAACCGAUAUUGAAAAAGAAAUGGGGGGGGAGUUAACAGAUUAUUCCGAUCUAUCCUUUCAAAUGCAGCGCUGCAUUUCUAGGCUUUGCGAAAUGAGUUCUAAAGAGUACCUUGAAUCUCCUCAUAAAAAAACGUAUGUGCCUGAAUAA